AUUAGCAUAAGAUACAUGUAGUAGCACAUACGGUGUCGCCUUAUCGCACUGUUUAGUUGAGAAAUAUAAAACAAAAAAUGUCAAAAAGUGGCGGGUAGAUUGUUUCCCGCUCAGUUAGUAAUCCACAUUUCGUCAUUCACAGUACAGUGCUCCGCCGGUUCGCACGUAUUACUUUAAUUUUUUCAAGCCAAUAAUUAAAUAGUGUAAAGUUCUUUAAUAUGGGAAAAAGGAAGCGUGAACGUGACGACGAUUACGAUUAUAUUAAGAAAAAAAUGAAGAAACUCGAAAGGAAAUUAAAAAAAGCCCGGAAGAAUCAUAGUGAUACGUCUUCUACAUCAUCGAGGAAUGCACCGUCAAUCGAAGAAGACGGUCCACCGAUUGUAGGAAACAAUUAUGAUAUUAUAUCUAGUGAGGAAGAAGUACUGGAGUCGAGUCGAUCGAACUUACCUAGCAAUAAUGAGGUCGGAGACACAUUGCCGUUAUUAACAACUGCUUCUGAUGACGAACCAUUACCAUCAACGAGUGCCGGCACCGCACCGGCGCCCGCCGAUCUUCCUAAUGAGCUGCUGCCGGGUCCAGAGCUUAACGAUGAAAUCUUAGCGAUACUAGGAGAUGACCUAUCAGUUGUCAAGGAAUAUGGAAAUGACAUUCAGGCGGACUUGGCGUUACGGCUUAAGCACCUGCUUACUCAGGGAAUGCCCAAAGAAAUUCGGAAGGAGUUACAUGACAGAUAUUUACCACCUGGUAAUUGUAAUUGUGUUGGCGCUCCUGAACUUAAUCUUGAAGUUAAGGCUGCUAUACCCGAUGUUAUAUAUAAAAGAGACCGAAGCAUCCAAGCGAAACAGAAACAAGUCGGUUGUGCAAUUUCAUGUAUUAGUGAAGCUUUAACAAUAUUGUUAUCUCGAGAGAAUAAGGACACACAGAUUAUCAAACUCUUAAUGGAUGGAAGUCGACUUUUGUGUGAUUGUCAACAUGCUGAUUCAGUCACGCGGCGUAAUUUUGUCCUUAAUAACAUAAAAAAGGACAUAAGGGAACACCUCGUGAAGUCAAAAAUUGAUAAGUUUCUAUUUGGCUCUGAUGUAGUGGAGGUAAUUAAGACUGCAAAAUCAAUAUCUAAAUCGGGGGCAGAUUUAAAAUCAGUUCCCACCACAUCUACAAUAAGAUCUACACAACCGGCCAAGAACAAACAAAAUCCAGGACCAUCUAGACAACAUACCAGGAAUAAUUUAAACUGGAAGGCUCCUCCCCCGGGUCGCAGGCAACAGGGGACUCAGAGGGCGAAGGAGCCUGCUCAGAGGAGCCAGCACGCGAACUCCUCGCGACCAUCGCAGCGAGCGCCGGCGCAGGCAUCGCAGACCAAUUACAACCGCCGCUAG